AUGUCAACCGGUGAUGCGACGGAGUCCGCCCCUUCAUCAAGGGCGUCGUCAGGGGAACCUGAGGCAAACAAUAGUAUUGGGAAGGCAGCAAGUUCAUCAAAGAAAUCAAGCAAAACAUCCAAGCCUCGGUUAACUGCUUCUCAAAAGAACUUCAACCAUAAGGAUGCCGAAAACAAAAGACGCACAGCCAUUCGAGAACGUUUCACUGAGCUGUCUCACAUGGUUCCUGGAGCUAUGGGUCAAGAGAAAAGUGAGCAAGUCAUGUUGAACAAGACAACAGAGUACCUCAAGCAGAUGCUCGAAGAGCAGCGAAGAUUGGAGGCCAUGGCAGAUCGGCAGGGAAUUCCAAUUGAUGAUGCCGGGCGAUUGAGGGAUGACGAUUUGGGAGGUCCAACUUGGCAGCCAAGGAACAUGGAGCACUACGAGGCUAGCAAGCAGAAGAGAGGCGAUGGUAGUGAGCAGAAUGCUGAUGAUGACAAUGAUUGA